CGUGGAAAGACGUAGCUCCCUUGGCACUGUAAAUGGCGUGUCUCUUUCCUAACCUUUCCACUCUUCCUCUCCAAUCUCCAUAUCCAGCUUCAGCUUUUCAUCAUCAUUCACCCACUCACGCUUCAACACACCAUUCUUUACAUUACAAAAAUGGCAACGGUCGUUACUUCCGUCGGCGUUACCCUCCGUCCUCUCUCUCAAACUCAACCUUCUCCAUCCUCAGCUCUGUUCCAAUCCCGCCACUCCUUCGCCAUAACCACAACUUCAAUGCUUGGCCGCAAGUGUCUCGCCACAAAGGAAGACUUACCCCAACCUGUAGAGGAAGUGAAAUCCAAAGACAACACCCAAACCAUCCUACACUCUUUCUCUCCGUUCCCGUUACUCUACGCCGCUGCUCUCUUACCCGGAGGUGAAGCUGUGAGAUCUGUCUUUGAGCCUUUCGUUGAUCUCGUUAAGUCGUGGAAUCUCCCUGAAUGGCUCGUGCAUUGGGGUCACCCUGGUAACAUGGCAGUUGUACUCUUUGCUAUGGGUGGCUAUGGUACCUAUCUCGGUUUUCGCAUUCGUUAUUCUGAUGAUCUGGAUGAAAAGGCUAAGGCCAAGGACUUGCAUCCCAAGCUUUUAGCUGGUAUGUUUUUCUUCUUUGCUCUUGGAGCUACUGGUGGAGUUACGUCUCUACUCACUUCGGAUAAACCCAUUUUUGAAAGUCCACAUGCUGUCACUGGCGUCAUUGGCCUUGCUUUGUUGACUAUACAAACUAUUUUGCCUGCACUUUUCGAGGGAAAUCCUGGACUGAGGAAUGUUCAUGGUAUCUUGGGCAGUGGUAUCAUGACACUUUUUCUUAUUCACGCUGCCUUUGGUCUUCAAUUAGGCCUCAGUUACUAAUUACAAUUCCACUCAACUUUCGUUAUUUUGAGGAUUUUUAUAUUGCAGUCUUUCGUUACACAGCUUCUAGCUCCAAUUCAGAACUCAAGACUACAAUCAUGUUAUGUCUUCUUCUAUCAUUUUUACUUUUAAAAAUAGUUCACGUUCAUUUUACUUAUUUCAUACUAAAACAUCGGAUAUAAUCC